UAUUUCAGAGCUACAGGUGCUCAUUUACGGGAAACCAGCAUGCAGGCCUUUACUCUGACUGCGCUGUGCGGAGCCUUCUUACUGAUAUCUGCAGUGCAGACUCAAGAGGAUGACACAGAAUACUGCGAUGACUGUGAAGACCUCCCCAAAAACUGCUCUCUGUCCGAGUCCAUCACAGGAGGCUGGCUGUCCUACUCAGAGGGGGGUGUCGAGGGCAGCGUGCUGACCUAUCACUGCGAGCCUGGACACUACGCCUACCCAACCAGCACCAGGGUCUGCAGUGCCUCGGGGGAGUGGUCUGUCAUGAGACAGGCCAAUGGGAGAAUGGUCGCUAAGGCAACGUGCAAAGAGAUGCAGUGCCCUGCCCAGCUCCAGCUGGAUGACGGGGUCUUAUGGCCGCGGCGCCAGUGGUUUCGGCCGGGGGAGGUGCAGGAGUUCUCCUGCCGCAAUGGGUUCACCCUUCGGGGGUCAGCGGUGCGAAACUGCACCCUCUGGGGGGCGUGGACCGGCUCCGCCCCAGUGUGUGACGACCAAGCGGACGACUGCUCAAACCCAGGCACCCCGCCGGGUGCCCUGCAAACCGGAGACCGUUUCCGGGUCGGUGAGAAGGUCCAGUACCGCUGCCAAGCCAGCCUGGUCCUACUGGGCUCCUCUGAGCGGGUCUGUCUGGAGUCCCGGGAGUGGAGUGGGUCCGAAGCUCGCUGCCUGGCCCCGUUCACCUUUGACGUGCCCGAAUCAGCGGCCCGGGCUAUGGCGGGCUCUCUGUCAGGUGUAAUGGACGUCACCUCUCCAGAAUUCAAGAAGAGAGCGACCACAGCCAACUUCGGGCGGACCAUCAACGUCGGGGGCGGCCCGAGCCGUCUGAACAUCUACAUCCUUCUUGACACGUCAGGGAGCAUCAAGGAGGCAGAGUUCGAGAAGGCCAGAAAAGCCGUCAUUGCUCUCAUACACAAGCUGGAAAGCUAUCGGGUUAACAUGAAGUUCGAGAUCAUCUCCUACGCCACUGAGCCCAAAGAGAUUGUGCAAAUAACAAGCCGCCUGAGCGGCGAUGUGGACCACGUCCUACAGGAGCUUGAAGAAUUUGACUACAAGGCAGAGCAUGGGACCAAGACCGGCACCAACACCCACGCCGCCCUGGAAAUGGUGUACAAGAGAAUGGGCUUCCUCCAGGUGGACAAGAAAAGCGGAUUCAACGAGACGCAGCACGUCAUGCUCAUCGUUACGGAUGGCCACUCCAACAGAGGGAAUAGCCCCAAGCUUGUUCUAGUCAAGAUCCGUGGCCUCCUGGGCUACCGCCCUAGCGCGCCGGACACUAAGAGGGACCUGGUGGACCACACAGCCGAGCAUCUCCUCGACAUCUAUGUGUUUGGAGUGGGGGAUGGUGUGAAUAUGAAGGAGCUCAACGCCCUCACAUCCAAGAAACGGGACGAGCAGCACAUCUUCAUUUUGAGAGAUUACAAUGACCUGGGGAAGGUGUUCGACAAAAUGAUCAGUGACUCAGCUGUAACCAUGUGUGGCAUCGCACAGGAAGCAGGCGACGACAAUCCCAAAAAAGACUACACCAGACCAUGGCAUGUGGAGAUCACGGAGCUGUUUGGCCAGGCAUCGAAAUGCAAGGGCUCCAUUGUAACUGAGAACUGGAUCCUGACCGCAGCCCACUGUUUUACCCCCAAAGCCGUGCAGAACCCAGGCACUGUGAAGAUUAUACAUGGCAAGGAGAAAGAAACGUCAGCCAGUUCUGUGAUCUUGCACCCGCAGUACAACGUUAGAGGUUUGCAGCACAAGAAAGUGAAGGAGUUUUAUGACUACGACAUCGCGCUGAUCAAGCUAAAGGAAAGCAUCAAGCUGUCAGCCGAAGCCAGGCCCAUCUGUCUGCCGUGCACAAAGCCAGCUAGCAGUGCUCUCAAAAUGGACCCCAACUCAACCUGUGAUCAGCACGAGAAGGCCCUGCUCCCCUUAGAAGAGACCUUAGCACACUUCUUGAAAGAGGGAUUCACCCGAAGAACGACCUACAUUAAGACAGGAUCCAAGAGAGCGGACUGCAUCAAACAUGCAGCGACUAUCUUCAAUUCGAACACCACUGCAUCAGUGAAGGAUGUUAUCACAGACAGGUUUCUCUGUACCGGGGGCUCCCAGCAGUACGAAGACUCGCUCACGUGCAAAGGUGAUUCAGGGGGGUCUCUGUUCCUUCGGAAGAAGCAUCGUUAUUUCCAAGUGGCAGUGGUGAGCUGGGGCAACAAGAUCGUGUGCCCUGCCGGCGACCCAGUCCCCGCUGACGCACGGGACUUCCACAUCAGCGUCUUCUCCGUGUUGCCGUGGUUGAAACAACACCUCAACGAAGAACUCGAGUUCCUGCCCAUCGCCAGCUGAGACGGCACGAUGUAGCAUCCCAGACAAAAUGUGAUCAAAAUUUUAUUAUUAAAAUCCUACUAUAAUGAAA